AAAGUAUGAAAUGUAGAAUAUAAGAACAUCCCUGCUGUUUAUUGUUUUCAUUUUUGUAAGGGCAGUUAAUUUAACUUAGGAAAAUUACAGAGAUAUUAUUUAGCUCUGCCUAUUGAUACUAGAACUAAUCUCGGACGCCACUUGGGUAGAUCAGUCGUCCUUUCCCUCUCAAGAAAUUUAUAAGUUACCAUAAAUUGUUAUAGUUUUAUACUUAUUUUUAUGUAUAGUUGGUCUUCACUCUCUCAUUAUAGGAAGGCUGUCAGCAGUGAGAUACUAUAGCAGUUUAUCCUUCCAGAUUUGUAGACAAGAUACACCAGGUUCCAGCAAAGUUAUCCUUUAACUUUUGUGAAAUAGCAGGUAUCAUGGAGAACAUGAAUCUACAGAUAUUAAAACAGCCAUUGGGUUUUUUACGGGCUAUUCAAUUUAUAAUGUCCAUCUUUGCUUUUGCAACCACCUCAGGAUUCAGUACCCACACUUCAUUUAAGAUAGACUGUGGUAAUGAGACAUUCAAACAAGUGGAUUUAAACUUUGGAUAUUCAUUCAAAUUGUCUCAUAUUCCCAUAACAGUAGAAGAUUGUAAAGGUAAUGUGAGCAUUGUGAAGCUUCCAUGGGACUUUUCAAGCAGUGCAGAAUUCUUUGUGGCAACCGGAGUGCUGGCCUUCUUGUUCACACUUCUUGCAUUGGUCAUCUACAUUUUUUGUAGUUCAUACUACAUAAAUAACCAAUUGGUUCCAAUUUGUGAUCUUGCCACAUCUGUUGUGUUGAGUGUAUUGUGGUUGUCAGCUGCUAGUGCUUGGGCCCAUGGAGUCAACUAUGUCAAGUACUAUGCAAAUCCUGAAAAUGUUUAUGAAUUUGUCAAUGCAUGUUCUGGUGAUAAGUGUGAGACAACUUACACUGGUAAUUAUGCAUCUCUCAAUGUUUCAUUGAUUUUUGGAUUUGGGAAUUUUCUGCUCUGGGCUUCCAGCCUCUGGUUUGUGUAUAAAGAGACAAAAUUCCAUCAAGAACCUAGUCAACAGCAGCAGUAACCUUGAUCAUGCUCUUCAUUUUCUCCUCCUGCGAUGAGUGGAACAUCCUGAAGACCAUCCUGGCAAUGAAGCAUUAAGUUA